GGCUUGAAAAUGCUUCCCUACCCCCUUUCCUGAAAGAUUUCAGUGAAGCAACCUCUGUGUUUUCAAGCAAGUUAGCAGGAGGCAGAUGGGCAGGAAAAAUGUGUUCUGAGAAGUUAACACAGUAAAAUGUAAGAUGCAGACAAUUUAAAUAGAUGAACUUUUGUAAUGGGGUUUAUUUUUUUGUACUGGACUUGAUACUUUCAGUACUAUGUUCUGUAUGGAAUAAAAGUAGUAAGUUGCAUUUGAGUGCUUUUUGUAUAGCGGGGACUUAAAUGUAGUGAUACAAGUGCAGCUAGAAAUGGAAGGAGGAAGAAUGGUUUGCCUGCGAAGCAAUUUAAAUAUAAUAUAUGGUGAAGGAAUUUAGAGAUCAGAUGUUAUCUAUAGUGUACUUGAAUGUUUCAAUAACUGGUUUUAUUCCUCUUCUUAUUUUAGAAUCUUCUCCCCGUUUACCAGCACCAAAGGGUGUGAUGAUUUAUUCCUAUAACUUUCGUAGCUUGCUGAGGUGGUCUCCUGUUGAAGUGGAUAGAGGCUUGGUGUUAUACACAGUCAAUUAUAAAACAGGGGCCUUCAACAAGUGGGAUGAGAUGAACUGUACCCGGAUCACCCACACUGAAUGCAGUCUCCCCUGGUCACUUAAGGAGCGGCGCUGGACUCUUGUUUUGCGCGUGAGGGCUGAGCUGGGGCAAGUGACUUCUGACUGGGUGGAAACAGAUCCCUUUGUGGCAGAGAGAAACACUACUAUAGGGCCUCCUAAAGUGAACAGUGUGACUGUAAGCUCUGACUCACUUCUCAUUAGUGUCACGCCCCCGUUCGGAUCUGAAGCAGGAUAUUCUCUUCAGUAUCAUGUGUCCUACUGGGAGAAUGCAACAAGUUCUAUUAAAAAAGAGACAAAGAUGAGCAAUACACUAUUCAAAAUCAGAAAUCUAAAGGAAUUGACACUUUACUGUUUUAGAAUUCAAGUCGAAUUGUUGGCAUAUCCAGAAUUCCAGUUACUUGGACUGCAGAGUGUCCCAGAGUGUUACAGAACUACAAUCAGUGAGGCAAGCAGAGCUAUCUAUAUUGUACUGGUGUUUCUGUCGGUGUUACUUUCUGUAAAUCUGGUAGCAGUUGGUUUGUUAUUUCUGUGGAGAUACCACAAAAAACUUAAAUAUUGGUCUCAGCCACCUUUACAAAUCCCACCACACUUUGAAGAGUAUUUGAAGGGCUGAAGUCUGAAAAACUGAAAACUGGGCAGCUAUUUUUGGUACUUAAGGUAAUGGCAUGUAAAGAUGUAAAGAAACUUGAGUCACUGUAUGAAUAUGGCAUGGUUACUGGCAUUUGGUAUGUUUUUAGCAAUUGUUGCCCUUAAUUUCUUGUAAGCUUUCAAAAAGAAAAAUGUUCAACUUCCAUGUUUCACAGUGACGUUCACUGGCACUUGUGCUCUUUGUGUUUUGUGGCCCAGUUGCACACUCUUCUGCUGUUUUAUAUUCAGAUGCAAUUGAAAGCACGGAAACUGGGUUGUGAAUUUGCACUUAAAGGAUUUGAAUACUGAUAAAUAAGGAGAGCACAUCAGGAUGGUGCUGUGCUACUUGUAUUGCAAAAGGAUGUGCUAGGUUACACUUACUAUUUAGUGGAAAUAAUUCAGCUGCUCAGCGUGUCAGAGGCAAACUGUUACAGUAGUGGAUGGCUUUUGGGUUGCAGAAAAACACUGAAGGAGAGAGUGUUUUUAAACUUGUUUCUUGUUCAGUGUUUCUCCAAAGAGGGCAUUGAAAAACAGGUGUUUCCUGACUUGCAUGAGACUACUCAGUUUUCUACUACCUGGCUUGUUCAGAGUCUUAAUAGAGCACUUGAGAAGAGUGUUAUGUGUAGGAAGUAUGAAGGGGAAAAAAAAAGUUGGAUGAAAGGGAGGUUUGGAAGACUUCUGAAAAGGCCAUUGAAUGGUGUUCAGACUUCACCUCCACUGAGUACAUGUUGUUACUUUACUGCUGGUAAUACAGAAGUCGGGUGAGGAUCAGAAAUGUAAACUUCUUGUGUUUUGUUUAGGGCUUGUUGCUGUGGGAGAGAAGGCACAGAAGAGAUCUGGACAUUAUGUUGUAAUGAAGGAUCUUUCAGGU